AUGGAAAGCGGUUGCUCUGAUAAUAAUCCCGUGCAAUCCACGGAAAACACUGAAGUUGAUGAGAUAAGAACCGCAAUUUCUCCGGCGUCGUUGACUCCACCGCAAAAGGGUAAGAUCAAAAAGAGAGUUUUGUUACAGUAACCCAAACGAGUUAAUUGGAUUUUGAUGAAACUUUGUGUAAAUUUAGAACACAAUUUUUUGAGUGAAAUCCUAAAGUCUUAGCUCACAAUUUGCAAAAAUAACUGAGAUUUUUAGCUUCAAAAAUUAAAAAAUUUCAAAACUUUUUUUGCAAUUUCACCGUGAAAAAUUGGCAUUCUGUUCAAGCUGUGGAGUAGUGAAUUUAUACAAAAAAUUAUUUUUUUCUCACAAAGAUUCACAGAGAAAUCGGCGAAAAACGUGUUUUUUCUCUGACCGUCUCCUCAUUUUACAUGCACUCUCGAAAAAGAUUCAAAUAUCUCGCCUGGACUAGCAAAAAAAGUGCUGAAAUUUUCAGGGAUUGAUAAGCAAAUAUUGUGUGUAAAAUUUGAAACCUAAAAUUUGAUUUUUUUUUGGAAAAAAUUGGAAUUUUUGAAAUUUUUGGGAUUUUUUAAAAAUUUUAAGGGAAAAUUAGCAAAUUUGAGUGCAAAAUUUUUGUAAUAGUAGAUUUUUUUGUUCGUCUAGAGGAUUAUUCUAAGGAGGAGUGUAAAAUUUUAUAAAAAUUUUUCCGAAAUUUUUUGAAAAAUAAAAAAAAAUUUGCAAAAAAUUAAGUUUUUUUUUUAAAAAAAAUAAUUUUUCUAGAAAAGAAAGUAGAUGGCUCAUCAAUCCAAAAACUGGCCAGUUUUCUGAAGCGUCGUCAGAAGCCCGGCUCCAAAUCCGGCUCGAAGGAAUCGCCGAAUCGUGGGAGUAAGAAAGGCAGUGAGUCGAAAAAAUCAAAAAUUUUCUCGUAUUUUAGCCUCAACUUCGUCCUCGUCCAAGAAACUUUUGAAGCUUUUGUCCAAAAAGAAGAAAAAAACGGCUCUAAGUCUCAAAGUAGGGGUUUUUAAGACGUUCCUUUUGUCAUGGUGGCCCAGAUUAUUUAAAUGUAUUGCUCAUUUUAGCCAGUCCGUCAAAAAGUCUCGGUGCAGUUUCCAGGCGAACUCCCAAAGCCUCAGGCAGCGCCGAAACGGGCUAAACUUGUAGGUUUCCCAAAAAAAUUACUAACUUUCACAAAAAAACUUGCCUAAUGUCGGAAAAAUCGAACAAAUUGAUAAAAAUCUUUAUUUCAUAAAACAUUUUAUGCUAAAUUACUAUCUAAAAUACGAUUAUGAAUUCUUUAUUCAACUCAAAAAAGUCAAAAAUGCGUACGCCACUUGAGAUUCCAAGGACGUCUCCGAUCCAAGUACUAAUCAAGCGCACCGUUGCUUAACUUGCCAGAUCGGACGGGAUGGCGUGCUUUCAACGGGCUAUGGGCGUACACGCUCCUCUCUCUUUCCACUUUUGAUUCCAUUCCGUGGAAAGAAAAAGGGGAUCAAAAUGGGUGAUUUUCAGACAAAAAUUGGCUGAUUUUUUCUUGGAAUUUUUUGAAAAUUUUUGCAAAAACAUGAUAUUUUGGGGAAAAAUUGAGAGUGCAUUUGCUCGGGCUAAAAACUUUUAGUAAUUUUUUCUAUAUUUUUUUUGUUAUUUUUUUGACUUUUUCCUUGAAAAAACAAAGUUAUCCCUACCAAAUUUUCUCCUGCAAUUUUUCAGACCAAAGUCGGCACAGUGCACUUUGAUCACAAGAAAAUUGAAGCCCAAUUGCGUCGUCAGAGCCGUCGCAAAGCCACGUGUAUCCGUGCCUGGGACCAAAUCACCAAGUGUGUGAUCACAAUCUGUCUGGCUUCCCAUGUGGUUGGACUUAUGGUGGUGUUGAUGAGCCAUGCGAUCCUCUCGAGGGAGAGAUUCGAAUUUUUCGGAUUAAAAGAGCCAUGGAAGUGGCAAUGGAAGGGUAAUGGAAGGUCGACAUUGAUGGUUAGAAAUGUGGGUGCAUAUUACGGCAUUUGUAAAAAUUUUGAGUCAUGAGACGAAAUGUCACUAUUGAUUUUUCGGAAAAAUUUAAACUUUUCAAAAAAAAAUAUUAUAACAUAUCACGCCGUAUUUUAAAAAAUAUUCGUGCCUUUUUUUGGCCAUUGAACGAAAUUUCAAUGAUUUAAAAAAAAUCAAUAUUGACAUUUCGUCCAAUUUUCAAAUUUUCUAUUUCAGCGAACCUACACUCAAGACGUUCUCAACUGCACUCUUCCGAAACAUUUGAAACAAGGGUCUUCAUUGAAUUGGUCUUGUGUUACCCGGGAAUGCAAAAAGAUGAUUCGAAUCCCAGAAAAAAAUCACGUUUAUUAUUUUGAUUCAGUUGACCAGUUCAUUAGAAACAAAAAUUAUUGA